CACACACACACACACACACAUAUAUAGAGUCAGGAGUGGAGAGGCUUCAGGCUGGAAAACAGACUGAGGAAAACAAAUAUGAAUUUGGAUGUGACGUCACUUCAAAUUCUGACCUCCAACUUCCAAUGGAAAUGGAAAGAACCAAAACCAACAGUUCCAUUUUACACAAAUGUUGGAAUGAAAACGUGCAUUCCAGUUGUAGUCCCAAGUCAGAAUUUCCAACUACUGCUAUGGUGUGUUUCCACCCAAUGGGUGCCAUGGAGUCGGCCCUCAGUCCGAACCCUCAGAGGUUUAAAUAAACACCAGGCUCAGACAAAACAAGCUUCUUCUGUUUCCAGAGACAAUAAAAAAUACACGUGUCCCCGUGGAAAUAAGGCCCCACGUGGAAGCAGAGGAACUAACACUUCAACAAAAAUGUGAUGGAAUCAUGUUCCAAUGAGUUCACACUCAAGACAAAAGGGGACUUUGAGCUGCACAAUGGAAUAAAGGAAUAAAGGCACACUAAGUUUAGGGCUGCAAAUAACACGGACUGUGGGGGAUACUUGUUUCUGAACAUCCAGUGCUGCCCCCGUCUGGUCACAGCGUGGAAUAAGGGCUGUGUUUGACGGUUCACCCCCACCAGGCUGCUGCUCGCAGAUGGAGGCCCACCAACACUCUCCAGACAGCAGCAGUGAGGAGUGCACCGUCCUGGAGGCUCCACCCGGCAAAAACAGCUGCCUGCAACAUGCAGGGAAUGUGGCAGAACUUUACUGUUCCGCCUGCGAGUGUGCACUGUGCGAGGACUGCCAUCCUGAACACGACGAUCACCCCAAGGUGGCACUCAGCCAGGCUCUGGAUCAGCACCGCAGCUGCCUGCAGGACAGGCUGGAGGCCGUCCAGAACAGACUCCCUCCGAUUUCAGAUGCCCUGUCCUUCGUCAAGGAGAUCCUCCAGCAGCUGACCAAUCUGAGGGCUUCCAUAGAAGAGGACAUCGAGUCAAGCUUUGAAGACCUGCACAAGCAACUGGACGUCCGGAAGAGUGUUUUGCUCAUGGAGCUGGAGGUCACGUGUGGACUAAAACAGAAGGUCCUCCAGGCACAGAUAGAUAGCCUCAGUCGGGGAGAGGGUGACAUCACUGCACUUUGUAGCCAGAUGGAGGAGACUCUGGCUGGGGAGGCCUGCGUGGCGAGCCUGCAGGUGGAGCAGGAGCUGGGGGAGAGGUUGUCCGGGCUGGUACACCACGACUUUCCAUGUCAGCCAGAGGAGAAUGACCAGCUGGAUCUGGUGAUGGAGACUGACGGACUGAGGAAGUCCAUACACAACCUUGGGACCAUUGUCACGACCAGUGCGGUGGCAAGCCAGAGUGAAGCUAUGGGUGCUGGUCUGCAGCAGUGCAUUGUGGGGCAUCCUGCCUCCGUUACCAUAGUAACAAGGGACAAGUCAGGGGGAGCCUGCAAGUCCGGCAACGCGAUCCUCUCAGCUGAGGUGUUCACCCCUGAUGGCAGCAUAGUGGAUGGGGAAAUCGUAGACCACAAGAACGGCACAUAUGACUUUGUGUACAUGGUGCCAAAGGAGGGCAACUUCUCACUGGCCCUCCGUCUGUACGACCAGCACAUCAAAGGAAGCCCCUUUAAACUGACUGUUUCCAGGGCCAUGGAGGUGGAAGUAGAGGUGUCCCCCUCCACCACCACAGCAACCAACUCAGCAGCCAACGCCACCCCAUCCACAGGCUCCUCUGAUGGGGCCAAAAGACGAGGGAAGUCACCUGGGCAGAAGAAGAAGGGCUCCAAAAGAGCUAGCAGCGCCCUGGGAACCCCACGACGCAAAACUCAGAACCCCAUCGAGGACGAUCUCAUCUUCAGAAUUGGAACAAAAGGAAGGAACAAAGGAGAGUUCACCAACCUUCAAGGAGUGGCUGCGUCAUCCAAUGGCAAGAUACUGAUCGCUGAUAGCAACAACCAGUGCGUCCAGAUUUUCUCCACUGAGGGGGAAUUCAAGAGUCGUUUUGGGGUGAGGGGACGGUCUCCAGGGCAACUGCAGCGUCCCACGGGUGUGGCUGUGCACCCCAGUGGUGACAUCAUCAUUGCUGACUAUGACAACAAGUGGGUCAGCAUCUUCUCCUCUGAGGGCAAGUUCAAGGCAAAGCUUGGCUCUGGCAGACUCAUGGGGCCAAAGGGCGUGUCCGUGGACCAGAACGGUCACGUGAUUGUGGUUGACAACAAAGCAUGCACCGUCUUCAUCUUCCAGCUGACCGGCAAGCUCAUCAGCAAGUUUGGCAGUCGAGGCAACGGUGACAAACAGUUUGCAGGUCCACACUUUGCAGCAGUGAACAAGAACAAUGAGAUCAUUGUGACCGACUUUCAUAACCACUCUGUCAAGGUUUUCACCCCAGAAGGAGAGCUGGUGUUGAAAUUUGGCUCAAACGGCGAGGGCAACGGUCAGUUCAAUGCCCCCACCGGUGUCGCUGUGGACGUGAAUGGUAACAUCAUCGUAGCCGACUGGGGCAACAGUAGAAUACAGGUGUUUGAUGGCAGUGGUUCCUUCCUCUCCUACAUCAACACUUCAGCGGACCCUCUGUAUGGACCACAGGGUCUCGCUCUGACCUCAGACGGACACGUGGUCGUGGCCGACUCGGGCAACCACUGCUUCAAAGUUUACCGCUACCUGCAGUGACGGCAGCGCGGGGCGGAGAAGUGACGAGGAGAGACACGACGCACGCAAGUUAAACUCUGGGAAUUGUUGCAUGAGCCUCUUUUGCUGACAUGAGCGAUGGAUAGACGGAAGGAAGGAAGGAAACAAAGAAGAAGGAAUAGCAGAGCCAUCAUUACUUCACAAGACUACAAUGGAAACAAAAGUUUGUCUGAUGACUUCGAACAAGUAAAUAUUUAAAAAGUGAGACAAGGACUAUUUUCAGAGGCAGAUACAAUUAAAUUUGCCUUUGUGCAAAUUGGAGAUAUGUCGCAGUGUCAGAUGCAGGAAUUAUGGAAACGGUAAGGAGUAGAAACUGAUCUAAAAAUGGAUUGUUGACGUCAAAUUCUAAAAGCCCCUCUUUUAAUCCCAGGUUGUGGAUUAACAACAUGUCAGAACAGGAAUGAGGAUUGUUAGGAUUUAACUGACGUCACAAGUUAUGAUGCAGGACAUGACGUGAAAAGAUUCAACCCAUUUUAUUGUUGUUUCCUGGGAAAAUGAAUGAGGUGGUCUUCAAAGUGAUGUUGACAGUGUCUCGGAUAAGUGGUAAUAGUUCAGGUUUAUUUGAAAUAGUGGUAAAAUGAGGUAUUGACAUAUAGUGAGCGGUGACUGUGCUGUGAGUGCCCCCUACACUGAGGAGAAGCCUGAGACACGAAGGUUUGGUCUCAGUGAAAAAAUGGCUGCCAGUGGGGACAGAUUUUAGCAACUUAACAAAAGACAAUCAUAAUGAUUCAAAGUUAACUUAAGCUACAAUAACUUAAGAAUAUGUUCACUGCUUUAUUUCAUGGUUGGAAAGAGUCUUUUUAAACACAAAUUUGAAGUUUCUUUGCAAUUAUCUUGCACCAAAGUCCAUAGAGAAAAUCAGUGAUUUUAGCUCACAGGGACAAAGCAGCUGCUGGUCUACUGCUGCCCCGUGUGGUCAGUUUGUGUCACUGAUGUAAACCUAAACAAAGGUUUUAAAACACACAAGUCACAACAGAUUUGAAGUUACUAAUGGAGGCCUCAGUGGAUCAACAGCUCGUGUGCUGUGAUGUUAAAAUCCCUGAUUUAAAAUUUUCUGAGUGGUUUACAAAAUAAUGCGAAUUUCUGUUUCCUGCCGGAAAAUACUGAUAAACACUAGACAUUAACAGUGAACAUGUUCUUAAGAUGUCAUAGACUUAGGCUGACAUAGAUUUAAUUGUUGAGUCAUUUGUUAAUUAGCGAAAAUGUUUUCCAUAUGUUAGCACUGUGUGGCAGCACCUCAGACAAACCUGAACUAUCCCUUUAAGAGGAUGGCACUCUUAACGGGUUGUACAUGGUUUGUACAUUCAGAUUGUCCAAAUACGGAAUGUUGUGUUUUUAGCCACAUGCUAGUAUUAUUUUUAAGUCUUAAGGUGCGUUCACACCAAACAGGAAGUAGUGAAACUCCCUAUCUCACACCACUGACCAUCAACUAAAAGUUCACGCAAGCCAGCAAUUGUUGCUGGGACAGAAUUUGUGGGUUGUGUUGACUCGUUGCAACAAACGAUUAUUUUUGUAACGAUUAAUGUGUUGAUUAUUUUGUAGUUUG